AAACACAAACCCUGGAUUGAGACGUCGUACCAUGGAAUCAUAACUGAAAACAAUGACACUGUGAUUUUGGACCCUCCCCUGGUUGCUUUGGAUAAAGAUGCACCUGUUCCCUUUGCAGAAGCUUUUCAGCAGACCUUAACCAGAGAGGGUGAAAUUUGUGCUUUUAAAAUCCAUGGGCAAGAAAUGCCCUUUGAGGCUGUUGUGCUGAACCAGACAUCUGGAGAAGGUCGGCUUCGAGCAAAGAGUCCUAUUGACUGUGAGCUGCAGAAGGAAUACACAUUCAUCAUCCAGGCCUAUGACUGUGGGUCAGGACCAGGUGGAACAAACUGGAAGAAAUCUCACAAGGCAGUAGUCCAUAUCCAGGUGAAGGAUGUCAAUGAGUUCUCCCCAGCAUUCAAGGAGAGUGUGUACAUGGCCUCAGUGACAGAGGGGAAGAUCUAUGACAGCAUCCUGCAGGUGGAAGCCACAGACGAGGACUGCUCCCCCCAGUACAGCCAGAUCUGCAACUACGAGAUUGUCACCACAGAUGUGCCCUUUGCCAUCGACAGGAACGGUAACAUCAGGAACACCGAGAAACUGAGCUAUGAUAAACAGCACCAGUAUGAGAUAAUGGUGACAGCUUUUGACUGUGGACAGAAACAUGCAACUGAAGAUGUCUUGGUACAAGUUAAUGUCAAACCUGUGUGCAAACCAGGCUGGCAAGACUGGAACAAACGGAUUGAAUACAGGCCGGGCUCUGGCAGCAUACCCUUGUUUCCCAGCAUCCAUCUAGAAACGUGUGAUGGACCAGUGUCCUCAAUCCACACCACCAUUGAACUGCAGACCAAUUACAUCGGAAAGGGCUGUAAUCGUGAAACCUACUCUGAAAAAUCUCUGCAGAAAUUAUGUGGAGCUUCCUCAGGUGCCAUUGACCUGUUACCAUCUCCCAGUACAACGACCAACUGGACAGCUGGGCUCCUCAUGGAUAGCAAUGACGUAAUUUUUAAAUUUGAUGGAAAGCAAGGAGCCAAAAUCCCGGAUGGAAUAGUCCCGAAAAAUUUAACUGAUCAAUUCACAGUCACUCUGUGGAUGAAACAUGGACCUAGUCCUGGAUUAAGAGCUGAGAAGGAGACUAUUCUCUGCAAUUCUGACAAGACAGAGAUGAACCGGCAUCACUACGCGCUGUACGUGCACAACUGCCGCCUCGUGUUCCUGCUGCGCAAGGACUUCGACCAGGCUGACACCUUCCGCCCUGCUGAGUUCCACUGGAAGCUCGACCAGAUCUGUGACAAGGAGUGGCACUACUACGUGGUCAACGUGGAGUUCCCGGUGGUGACGCUCUACAUGGAUGGGACAACAUAUGAACCCUACCUGGUGACCAACGACUGGCCCAUCCACCCCUCCCACAUCGCCAUGCAGCUCACAGUGGGGGCUUGCUGGCAAGGUGGUGAAGUCACCAAGCCCAGGUUUGCUCAGUAUUUCCAUGGCAGCUUGGCAAGUCUGACAAUCCGGCCAGGGAAAAUUGAAAGUCAGAAAGUGAUUUCCUGUUUGCAGGCCUGCAAGGAAGGUCUUGAUAUUAAUUCUCUUGAGAGUCUUGGCCAAGGAAUAAAGUAUCACUUCAACCCUUCCCAGUCAGUCCUUGUCAUGGAAGGAGAUGACAUUAAGAAUGUAAAUCAAGCCCUCCGAAAAGUCUCAUACAUCAACUCCAGACAGUUUCCUACUGCAGGCAUACGACGUCUCAAAGUGUCAUCUAAAGUUCAAUGUUUUGGUGAAGAUGUCUGCAUUAGUAUCCCAGAUAUAGAUGCCUAUGUAAUGGUGUUUCAGGCCAAUGAGCCCAAGAUUACCAUAACUGGGAUGGACCACUUUGCUAGACCAGCUGCACAGUUUGAAAGUGAAAGAGGUGUUAACUUGUUACCUGACAUCAGGAUUGUCAGCACAGUCACUAAAAUGGAGCAUUCAGUGGAUUUCAGAGAACAUGACCGAGCCAAUAAGCAACUGGUAGUAGAAGAAAUGCUCCACAACUUGGAUUUCUGUGAUGUUCUGGUUAUUGGUGCAGAACUAGACCCUGAACAAGAGUGCUUAGAACUAGAUAAUGGGGAGCUUCAAGGAAAACAUCUAGAUGCCACAAAUUCUACAGCAGGAUAUUCAAUCUACGGUGUGGACAGCAUAUUCAGCUAUGAGCAGGUGCUGCGGCAGCUCCGCUACCGCAACUGGGGAACCUCAGCCACCUCGGACAGGAAGUUCAGGGUCAAGUGCUCCGAGCUCAAUGGGCGUUACACCAGCAACGAGUUCAACCUGGAGGUUAAUAUUCUACACACUUCCAACUCCAACUUCAUGGACCAUGCAAAUCACAUGAUAGUUCAGCCUCAAUUUCUCCAAUCUGUUCAGCAGCCUGAGGGGAGUGUAAUUGCAGUUCACAGCUCAGUGGUUCCCAGCAUGGCCACGAUCGUUGUCAUCGUCUGUGUGAGCGUCCUGGUGUUGGUGAUCACGCUGGGCGUGUUCCGGCUGCGCACGGCUCAUCACCGCGGCACCACGGGCCCCGAGGGAGCCAAGGAGAGCGACAUGGACUGGGAUGACUCUGCUCUCACCAUCACCGUCAACCCCAUGGAGAAAUAUGAAAAGCCACACCAGACAGAAGAGGAGAGUGAAGAAGACAUAGACGAUGAAGAAGAAGACACAACCAGUGAUGAAUCAGAUGACAGUGAAGAGGAUGAAGAGGAAGAGGAAGUGAUUGUCCAAAAGGGAGACAAACAGAAUUCCACCAGGCAAGAGCAGUUGGAGUGGGAUGAUUCAACACUUCCCUACUAA